AUGUCUGGUAAACAAUUUAUGAUUUGCUCAGGCGCGUUACGUCAAGAAAUCUACAAUAAUGAAGCUUCCGAAAAUCAAAAGUACCGAUACCAACUACCCAGGAGUGGACCACCUGACGUCAUUGUUCCCAUUCCUAUUAGACCUGGCGGCAAUAGUAACGCAAAUCAACAACCUCACACAGUUCAGUUACGUUCUAUCCAUAUGCAACGACAAUUCACUUUUUCGGAGUUUAAAAGGAAGAAGAGCACACAAGCUCAACAAUCCACGCUUAAGCCUGCUCUUUUAGAGUUGUUACAGUAUAAAGAUUCUGAUGAAGAGAAAGAAGGGAAGAGGAAUGAUGAGACUCAAGCAAAUACUACUAAUACAAGUAAUCUUGCGACAAACCCGGAAAUGAUUAAUACUACAACUACAUUCGCUGAAAAUAACAAUGGUGCCGAACAAGUGUCCGUUAUGAAAAACGAUUUGGCUAAAGAUGAUGAUAAUCACAAUAAAAUUAAUCAUAAAAAUGUUUUUAAUACCAAAAAUGCAAUGGAGCUGGCGUUGCGAAUCGCUAAUCAAUUUGUUGUGGAUGAUUCAAAAGAUGUUGAUAAAGCCUCGCCUAAUAAUGCUAAAAUUAAAGAUUGUGAUGUUAAUAAUGAGCAAAUCAGCGGUGCACAGAAACAAACGAAGUUGGAUCUUGAAAGUUUUCUUGCUGAUCAGGCUCUUCAAUCAAAGAUCAUUACUUAUCCUAAUAACACAAGAAAUGAACCACAAUCACCAACAUUAAAAAACCAAAAAACAUUUGCAUGUCCAAACUGUAAUCGUCAAUUCAAUCGUAAAUUCAACAUGCAAUCACAUUUACUGACUCACAACCCAAAUCGUACAAAGCCUUUUCGAUGUGAAGUGGAAGGAUGCGCAAGCACAUUCACCCGGAAACAUGACCUGAAACGACACGUGAAUGGAAUUCACAAAUGUGAAAAGUUAUAUCAGUGUCCUGCGUGUUUGAGGAAUUUCUCGAGAAAGGAUGCGUGGAAAAGGCAUUUAAUUGGCUGCGCGCCGCCAACUGUUGAAAUAAAGAAUGUACAACCUAUCGGAGUCGAAUUACGAAGGAAAAUCGUAGAAUUAAUUGAUUGA